AUGGAUUUUUUUAGAUUUGACUUCAAAGAUUUGGAUUUGUCUAGGUUGGACUUCAAAUUUAUGGAAUCUUUUAGAUUGGAUUUUAAAGCUCCGGACACGCCGUAUAAAGAAUUCGUCCUUUUGUUCUCUUGGGCUGUAUACACAUUUGAACAAUAUCUAAGCGCUCGUCAGUAUCGUAAACUUCAGGAGCCUAAUCCACCAAAAUCGCUGCAAGAUAUAGAGGAGGUACGCGACAAAUUUCAGAAAACUCAGGCUUAUGGUCUAUCUAAAGCCAGAUUUCAGUUCGUGUCCGAGUUAUACGGUCAGUUACAGAGUACGUGGAUAAUUGUGUGUAACAUAUUGCCCGAGUUGUGGCUUUUUUCUGGAAAUUUGUUGGCUUACGCCGGGUACGGGACGGAAUAUGAGAUCAUACAGUCAUUAAUAUUUACCGUCAUAAUGACCCUGAUGACCUAUCUGAUGUCUCUUCCAUUAAAUCUCUACUAUACUUUUAUUAUUGAGGAACAACAUGGGUUCAACAAGAUGACCGUUGGGUUGUUUUUCAUGGAUGUGAUUAAAGGAUUCUUGAUUGCUGGAGUCAUAGGGCUUCCUAUUUUAGCGUUAGUUUUGCAAAUAAUACAAUGGACUGGAGAUAAUUUCUAUUUUUAUGUCUGGGUGUUUAUGAUAAUCUUUAAUUUCAUAUUACUCACCAUCUACCCUACUCUCAUUCAACCACUGUUUAACAAAGUUGAACCACUUCCGGACGGUGAACUUAGAGAGAACAUUGAAGGAUUGGCUUCUCGCAUUAACUUUCCCCUCAAGAAACUUUAUAAAAUUGAUGGUA